AUGGUUGUAGCCCCACUUUCCUACACGCUCGUUCUAUGCAAGACAAUCUGUCACCACACCAUGGCCAUUGCAUAUGGCGGGCCGCCCCAUCUGACCUUCAUGAGUGCCGCCAUAGGUGCCGGAAGCUGGCGACAUGGCUGCCGCGUGUCGAAAGCAGUGAGACGGCGCUCCAUAGGCGGCGACUGCCCGGAAGUGGCAACCGCCACAACCUGUAUGCGACAGUACGAGUACCCGAUGCUCCAAGGGUUGACGUACCUUGACCACGGCGGAACCACGCUAGCGCCAAGAUCUUUGCUCCAGAUGUUCUGCAGCGAGAUGCAGAACACGCUUCUCGCUAACCCACACUCGGAUGCAUCCAAUCCAAGUACAACUGCCUUAAUGGUAGAGGAAACCCGGCUUGACGUGUUACAUAUGUUCAAUGCCGACCCGGAACACUUCGACAUAGUCUUUACUGCCAAUGCUACAGCCUCCAUCAAACUGGUCGCAGAUGGAUUUUCUGGAUGGACAGAAGGAUUUGAUUACUUUUACCAUCGUAAUAGCCAUACAAGUCUGGUCGGCGUCCGGGAACUGGCUCACCAUAGCAACUGCUUUGCGUCGAAUGACGAGGUCGAGAGGUGGCUUGGUAACGAAGACAAAGAUCUUGCAGAGGAAUCAUCACAAAGACCGGUGUUGUUUGCUUAUCCGGCGCAAUCAAACCUGAAUGGCGAGCGACUUCCCUUAGACUGGCCUGGGAAACUGCGACUCUCAUCAAGUCAUCCAAAUGCAUACUCUCUACUCGACGCAGCGGCACUGGUGUCUACUACCGCAUUAGAUAUGAGCAAUCAUCUCUCCGCUCCCGACUUUGUCGCCCUGUCGUUCUAUAAGAUCUUUGGCUUCCCCGAUCUCGGUGCUUUGAUCAUCCGCAAGGCUGUCGGUCAUGUCUUUGACAAACGGAAAUACUUCGGAGGUGGGACAACUGAGAUGACGACGUGUAUUGGGGAUGCGUGGGUGGUUCGUAAAGAGUCAAGUCUGCAUGCAAGGUUAGAAGACGGCACAAUCGCGUUUCGGAGCAUCCUUGUCUUGAACUGUGCCAUUAAAACCCAUCGCGAUUUGUUUGGGGGACUUGAGGAAGUUUCGAAACACACAGGAUGGCUUGCCAAGGUCCUUGACGACCGUUUGAGGAGCUUGAGGCACACUAACGGUAUGCCAGUCUACCACUUAUACAGCUCUCUGGACUCAAGCUACGGCGAUUCGAAGACGCAGGGGGCAACCGUGGCUUUCAACGUCUGCCAAAGCGACGGAACAUACAUUGGUCCAUGGCAUGUUGGCGCUCUCCUCCGAGCGAAUCACAUUCACGUUCGCACGGGCACCGUGUGUAACCCCGCGGGUAUAUCGUGUGCGCUGGGAUUAGACGCCAAGUGGCUGCGAAAAGCGUUCGACGAAGGUUAUCGGUGUAACACGGAGACCGAUGUUCUCGCAGGGGUCCCUGUUGGUGUAGUGAGAGUUACUUUGGGGGCUAUGAGUACGUUGGAAGAUAUUGAAACACUCAUAAGCUGUCUCUACAGAAAUUUUGUGGACAAUAAAGAUGGCCUGAACAAUAGCGCGCGGUCAUCUGACGAGAAGAAGGACUCGCUUAUGGAAUCUAAGCAGCCCAAUGCUGUAGCUGAGACCGAAGGCACAUUUUCUACAACACCAUGGCGAGGAUGGAAGCGACGAUGGAUGUCAUUUCCCAGUUUCUCACGAUAA